GCGUGUUCAGCGCCGCCGCAGCGGGAGCCGGACCCGGGAGCGGCGGGGCCCGGCCCAGCCCGGCCCGUCCCCGCCAUGUGGUUCAUCUACGUGCUGAGCUGGCUCUCCCUGCUCAUCCAGGUGGCCUUCGUCACCCUGGCCAUCGCUGCUGGGCUGUACUACCUGGCAGAGCUGAUCGAGGAGUACACGGUGGUCACCAGGAGAAUAAUCAAGUACAUGAUCUGGUUCUCCUCGGCCGUGCUGGUUGGCCUCUACCUCUUUGAGCACUUCCCUGGCUUCAUGGUGGGCGUGGGGCUCUUCACCAACCUGGUCUACUUUGGUUUGCUCCAGACCUUCCCCUUCAUUGUCCUGACCUCCUCCAACUUCAUCCUGUCCUGUGUGCUGGUUAUCUUCAAUCACUACUUGGCCUUCCAGUACUUUGCAGAGGAGUAUUAUCUGUUCUCUGAGGUUCUUGCCUACUUCACCUUCUGCCUGUGGCUGAUUCCUUUUGCUUUCUUUGUCUCGCUGUCAGCGGGAGAGAACGUCCUGCCCUCCACCGUGCAGCCCGGAGACGACGUCGUCUCCAACUACUUCACCAAGGGCAAGAGAGGCAAACGCUCCGGGAUCCUCCUCAUCUUCUCCUUCAUCAAGGAAGCCAUCCUGCCCAGCAGACAGAAGAUCUACUGAGCCCCAGCUGUGGGCAAGGAGCAAGACAGACCCAAACUGUGCAGGGAGCCAGGAGGGACCUUCCUCAAUGCCUCCCCAAGGGACUUUCCUAGGAGCCUGUGGCGCGGGCGCCGGCCGGAGGCAGCGGUAGCGCCGG